AUGCUGAAAUAUUUGAAUCGUUCUCAGAAAAUUAACAUCGCGCGAAACCUGAAACUUGGGACGCUCCAAAAUAAAGAGAGAGAAGAGGAGGAGGAGGUCCACGAACUCACCACACGACCACCGACGACCACCAGUCUCACCUCCACCUCCGGCGACCACACCACCACCCGGUCCACCUCCGGCGACCAACCCGUCGUGAAAAUCCACCGACGACCGUCGACAAAUCCACCGCCUAAGGUGAUGUUUCCGUUGCCAUCACUAUUGUCUUUGAUGUCGCCAAAGUCAGUUCCAUCAACAAUGCCUCCUCGAUCGCCACAUGAAGAUGAUAUAGAUACUAACGAGGAGGAGGAGAUAUGGAGUGGACAUAAUGAAGAUGAAGAAGAUGUAUCCUCAGUGUCUCUUUUUUUAGGGUUAUGGCUUAGGGUUGGGAGGUUUGCUAUUGAUCUUGAUGUAUCUUUUGUUAUUGGUCUGAGCCACCUAGCAUCUCUCCAUGACAAAGAUGGAGUCCAGUCCGUCCAAUUGAUGCGUCCUAAGUUUUCUGUUUGGUUUGCUUACCGCGUAGUGUUUGCUGACAUGGCUCAUGGAGUUCACCCAAAUUUCAUGGAUAACAGGAUAAGCACGAAGAACACCAUUGCCCAGAGACUUGUGCAUCUGCUAUGA